AUGACGAAUGCCUGUAAUCACGAUCACCACCACCACCUCUGCGACGACGAUUGCGAGUGGUGGAAGCAUCUAUUAUGCUGCUUGAAGAAGCUAAUUUGCUCGAAAGGAUUUGUCCUGUUUCUCAUCUUCUUCGUUCUACCUCUGUCCAUCAUCCUCCUUCUAACUUUUGUCUUCCUCCGGCCUACGCCCUUAUUCAUACUGCAAGAGGCUACAGUGUACCAGUUAAACGUUUCCAGUGGGAGCUUCCUCACCUCCAAUAUCCAGGUCGCAAUCUCGUCGAGGAACCCCAACAAGAUCGACAUCUGCUACGACAGCAUAGAUGUGUACGCGACGUACAGUAGUAACGAGCCGAUCACCAUCCCCACCAGAUUGCCGUCCAUCUCUGAGGAUGAAAAUGGCGUCCAUAUCUGGUCUCCGUUCAUCUACGGCUCGUCCGUGCCAAUUGCGCCUUACGUUGCGGACUCAUUGUUUCAGGAUCAGAAAGAGGGGACCGUCUUGAUUAAAAUCAAGGUCGAUGUACAUUACAGUUGGAGUGUGGUUCCUUGGAUCAUUGGGCACGAUCAUAUCUGCUUUAGUUGUCCGGCGUAUAUCACUUAUGGCAGUCAUAACACCAAUAUCCCGGUCGGAGAAGCCUUUAAGUACCAGUUGGCGCAACCCUGCUCCGUCGACACCUGA